AUGGUCCCGGUGCUGUCUAACCCGGCUCCGGCCGCAGUUCUGGUGCUGACCUGCCUGUGUGCGGUGCCGCUGCGGGCCCAGAAGCCGGACCAGGUGGACCCCCUGACGGCGCACCGCGCGGACCCGCAGUGCUGGGACUCCUCCUCGGCUCUGCUGCUCAAGAUGCGCUCCCCGAGGAUCGCAGACACCGUGCCCGCCUUCUGGGACCUCAUGGGGACCCUCAGGGCUUCGGAGAACGGGAAGCACACGGCGCUGUUCUGGGACCUGGCCCGGGUCUUUUGGGACAUCUAUCUGGACUGCGUCCUGUCCAGGAGCCACGGCCUGGGGCGCAGACAGGUCACCUCGGUGCGCUCCCUGGUUACUGACAAGUCCUUUAGGUUCAACAGCUCAAGAGCAAACUCGUGGACGAAGCUGACAGUCAGAAGUUCAGUUAUUUGGGAGAGACUCGGGGUAGAACCGCUACUCCUCCACGUCAAG